AUGAACCUGCCACUUGAGGAUGACUUGAACGCCAACUUCGACGCUCACCUGCAGAACCGCAACUUCUCGCCAGGACUGCCACAGGGCCUAGGGAUUGAAGCCCUUUGGAGCAAUGGUGUGCGAGUCCGUGAAAAACGCAUAGGAGUCACUGAAGUUGCCAGUCAGUACCCUGUCCGGGUGGCGGUGAGGGAGCGAGACGGUCGGUACUUCUCUGGGCGUAUCGCCUGUCUUCAGCUGUACAACUACGCCAUGACUAAAGAACAGAUUGUCGCAGUGCGUAAUGUGUGUAACGCGUGUCUGCAUCCGUCUAUAGUAACCACGGUGAAAAUUCGAACUAGCGGCGUCGAUUUCUCCGGCACGGGCGCAAGAAUUACCCUACGGCUGAACACCAAACGUUCAGAUGGGUCAACAGGAUCUUUCGCCUGUGGUUUCGACUGCGGAGGUAGUAAGUGCGAAAGGGGAAGUGUCGACACAGUUUCCUGUAACGAUCUGGACGGCGUUCUUGUGAGCGUGUAUUUGAGAAAUAACGGUGGAGGGUCGAAUCCAAACUGGAGACCCGAUUGGGUGAAAGUGACUUACGGCUCAGAUAGGUACGAAAUAUCCUUCGGUUUAUUCAUCAACGUUGGAAGCAGUGCAACUAGGUAUGUCUCAGCCGGAUCGUGUACCCAACCAUCAGACCCCAGCAAUGGAUACUACAGCGGCGGAACGAGUCACAACAGUGUUGGGUACUCACAGUGCUACCCAGGAUACGAACUGACUUCGUCGUCUGACAGGAGCUACUUCUGCUUUGGAGGUUACCGAUACCCAAAGUACCCAAGUGUGACAUGCAGCGACAUAAAUGAAUGCGAUCAACAUUUCGGAAAGGGACCCUGUGACCGGAUCAACGGUAUCUGUCAUAACAGUAUCGGAAGCUACAGCUGCGAUUGUAAGGAUGGAUAUUAUCUGGACGUCGACAUGCACAGCUGCAAAGGUAACGACAUUUAUUCAGUAGAAGUACUCAAGAAGAUGUCACCAUUUUUGUGA